GGAGGAACACCAAUCAAGACAUGCUUAACUGCCUUAAGUGGGAGCUUCUGAACCUGUUAACUGCUUACAGAUCAUUAACAGUUUGAAGGAGAUGGGUCAAGGAGAGGAAAGAUUGAAUGUGUUAAUAGGAAAACAAAAUGUUACUACACAUAUGAGAGGUUCAAGUUUUCUAAUAAACAAAGAAAUGUUUGUUAAAACCACCCUGAGAAAUGGGGGGGAACCCAUGUCUGCAAAUGUGAGCUCCCUGGGCAGAAAUUCAGAAUGGACUAAAAUGGUAGGCGCCCCUAAUCUGAAGUCAAUAAUCAGGGAUGAAUAGCUAGCAUUGUUAAUUACAACACUUGUAAUUAAUUACAAGUGAGAAUGACUUCUGCCAGCAUACUGGGAUCCACUCAUAGUCACAGACCCAGCCUUAAUCAAGACUCCUAGCUAGGAGAAUGCACUGAAAAUACACCGAAACCAGGAAAGCAUUUGUAUUGGCCCUUUGUGGAUUUCUUUUGCUCAGUAGAACCUCUGAGGAAGGUGGGUUUAUUUGCUGUCAUUCCCACGGCAUAGAUAAGUAAACUCAGGUGCCAGGGGGUCCCUUGGCAUACCCACUAACUCCUCCAUAGUAAAAGUGCUAUAAGGGUAAAUGUCUCGUGUCCUCCCCCCACCACAGUGACUCAACAAGAACAAUGCAAUACCACAAAUCUGUCUGUUGUUGAACAUUCCAUUUGACCCUCACUAUACUCUUUUCAUUUAGGUAAGGUCGACACACAUCUUUUCUACACAGGCGGUAACUGAGGGGAAAAAGUAUCAUGACAAAUCUACAGGGCUGUAAAAGGCAGCGAGUGGAGGUGGAGCCCAGAUCUGACUCCACAAGUCAGAAGCUCAGAUAAGGCUUUGCUAGCGGGGCCUGCAAGGCAAGGAUGAAAGCCCGACGGGCUGUGGAGCGCUCACAGUCCCAGAAAUCCUGGAUUGAAGGAGUGUUCAACAAGAGAGAAUGUAGCAAAAUCAUACCUAGCUCAAAAGACCCUCACAGAUGCACCGCAGGAUGCCAGGUCUGCCAGAAUUUAAUCAGGUGUUACUGUGGGCGAUUAAUUGGAGACCAUCAUGGGAUAGAUUAUUCCUGGACUAUCUCAGCUGCCAAUGGUAAUGAAAAUGAGCAAUGGUCUGUUGAAAAGCACACAACGAAAAGCCCUACAGAUACGUUUGGCACUAUUAAUUUUCAAGACGGAGAGCAUACCCACCACUCCAAGUAUAUUAGAACAUCUUAUGAUACAAAGGCAGAUCAUCUAUUACAUUUAAUGUUGAAAGAGUGGAAGAUGGAACUGCCCAAACUGGUGAUCUCUGUCCACGGGGGCAUCCAGAACUUCAGGAUGCCGUCUAAGCUUAAAGAGAUCUUCAGCCAAGGUUUGGUCAAAGCUGCGGAGACAACAGGAGCAUGGAUAAUAACUGAAGGCAUUAAUACCGGUGUGUCCAAACAUGUUGGGGAUGCCCUGAAAGCCCAUUCCUUCCGGUCCUUGAGAAAAAUCUGGACAGUUGGAAUCCCUCCUUGGGGUGUCAUUGAGAACCAGAGAGAUCUUAUUGGAAAAGAUGCGGUGUGCCUGUACCAGACUCUGGGCAACCCCCUCAGCAAGCUCACCACACUCAACAGCAUGCACUCCCACUUCAUCUUGUCCGAUGAUGGGACUGUGGGCAAGUAUGGAAAUGAGAUGAAUCUCAGGAGGAACCUGGAAAAGUACCUCUCUCUACAGAAAAUACAUAGCCGUUCAAGACAAGGCGUGCCCGUGGUGGGGCUGGUGGUAGAAGGAGGUCCCAAUGUCAUCCUCGCGGUGUGGGAGACUGUGAAAGACAAAGACCCGGUGGUGGUGUGUGAAGGCACAGGCAGGGCGGCCGACCUCCUGGCCUUCACCCACAAACAUUUAGCAGACGAAGGGACCCUACGUCCUCAGGUGAAGGAGGAGAUCAUCUGCAUGAUUCAGAGCACUUUCAACUUUAGUCUUAAGCAGUCCAAGCACCUUUUUCAAAUUCUCAUGGAGUGUAUGGUGCACAGGGAUUCUAUGACCAUAUUUGAUGCUGAUUCUGAGGAGUCACCAGACCUUGAUUUAGUAAUCCUAACAGCUCUGCUAAAAGGCACAAAUUUAGCAGCAUCAGAACAAUUAAAUCUGGCAAUGGCUUGGGACAGAAUGGACAUUGCCAAGAAACAUAUCCUAACUUAUGGACAACAUUGGAAGCCUGGCACACUGGAGCAAGCAAUGUUAGAUGCUUUGGUGAUGGAUCGAGUGGAUUUUGUGAAGCUCCUAAUAGAAUAUGGAGUGAACCUCCAUCGCUUUCUUACCAUCCCCCGACUGGAAGAGCUCUAUAAUACAAAACAAGGACCCACCAAUAUGCUCUUGCAUCAUCUCGUCCGAGAUGUAAAGCAGCAUGCCCUUCUCUCAGGCUACAGAAUAACACUGAUCGACAUUGGAUUGGUCAUCGAAUACCUCAUUGGUGGAGCUUAUCGCAGCAGCUACACUAGAAAAAGUUUCAGAGCCCUCUACAACAACCUCUACAGAAAACGUAAGGUGCCACAAUUGCAAGUGACCAGUUUUGCUGAAAGCCGUUCCCAGCCCCCUCUGCACCGAAGACGUCCCUCAGGAAAUAGAAAGGAAUCUGCAGAAAGCACUCUGCACUCCCAGUUCAUUAGAACCGCCCAGCCUUACAAAUUCAAGGAAAAGUCUGUAGUCCUUCAUAAAUCAAGGAAGAAGUCAAAAGAAGAGCAAAAUAUACCAGAUGACCCUGAGUCUACUGGCUUUAUUUACCCUUACAAUGACCUAUUGGUUUGGGCUGUGCUGAUGAAAAGACAGAAGAUGGCCAUGUUCUUCUGGCAGCAUGGAGAGGAGGCCACGGUCAAGGCAGUGAUUGCUUGUAAACUCUACCGAGCCAUGGCCCAUGAAGCUAAGGAGAGCAACAUGGUGGAUGAUGCCUCAGAAGAGUUGAAAAAUUACUCAAAACAGUUUGGCCAGCUUGCCCUGGAUGUGUUGGAGAAGGCAUUCAAGCAGAAUGAAAGAAUGGCCAUGAAACUGCUGACCUACGAACUCAAGAACUGGAGCGAUUCCACCUGUCUGAAACUGGCUGUGUCUGGAAGGUUGCGGCCUUUCGUUUCACAUACUUGCACCCAGAUGCUGCUGACAGACAUGUGGACUGGGCGCCUGAAAAUGAGGAAACAUGCUUGGCUAAAGAUCAUCAUAAGUAUUCUUUUUCCACCCACCAUUUUGUCAUUGGAAUUUAAAAGCAAAGCAGAGAUGUCACAUGUUCCCCAAUCCCAGGACUUCCAGUUUGCAUGGUAUUAUGGUGACCAGAACGCCAGCAAUGCCAAAGAAAGUGCUUAUACGAAAGACCGUGAUUUGGAGAGAGGCCCUGAUGAGAAACUAGAUGAAAAUCAGCACUUUGAUUUAAAGAGUGGUCCCCAAAGCCUCCCAUGGACCAGGAAAAUCUAUGAGUUCUACAAUGCUCCAAUUGUCAAGUUUUGGUUUUAUACGAUGGCAUAUUUGGCAUUCCUCAUGCUGUUCACUUACACUGUGUUGGUGGAGAUGCAGCCCCAGCCCAGCGUGCAAGAGUGGCUUGUUAUCAUUUAUAUCUUCACCAAUGCCAUUGAGAAGGUCAGGGAGGUCUGUAUUUCAGAACCUGGGAAGUUUACUCAAAAGGUGAAGGUAUGGAUUAGUGAGUACUGGAACCUAAUAGAAACUGUGGCUAUUGGCCUGUUUUCAGUUGGUUUUGGCCUUCGGUGGGGCGACCCUCCUUUGCACACAGCGGGAAGACUAAUCUACUGCAUAGACAUCAUAUUCUGGUUCUCACGGCUCCUGGACUUCUUUGCCGUGAAUCAACACGUAGGUCCAUAUGUGACCAUGAUUGCAAAAAUGACCGCAAACAUGUUCUACAUUGUGAUCAUGAUGGCCAUCGUCCUGCUGAGCUUUGGAGUGGCACGCAAGGCCAUUCUUUCACCAAAGCAACUGCCAUCUUGGAGCCUUGCUCGAGAUAUUGUAUUUGAGCCAUACUGGAUGAUAUAUGGAGAAGUCUAUGCUUCAGAUAUAGAUGUUUGUGCAAGCCAUCCGUCUUGCCCUCCUGGUUCUUUUCUUACUCCGUUCCUCCAAGCUGUCUACCUCUUCGUGCAGUAUAUCAUCAUGGUGAACCUGUUGAUUGCUUUUUUCAAUAAUGUUUACGUGGAUAUGAAAUCCAUUUCCAAUAAACUAUGGAAGUACAAUCGCUAUCGCUACAUCAUGACUUAUCACAAGAAGCCUUGGCUGCCACCACCUUUCAUCCUGCUGAGCCAUGUGGGACUCCUCCUUCGCCGUCUUUGCCAUCAUCGAGCUCCAAACGACCAAGACGAGGGUGACGUUGGAUUAAAACUCUACCUGAGUGAUGAGGAUCUGAAGAGACUUCAUGACUUUGAAGAACAGUGUGUGGAAAUAUACUUCCACGAGAAGAUGGAAAGACUGAAUUACAGCUGUGAGGAACGAAUCCGAGUAACAUCAGAAAGGGUUACAGAGAUGUACUUCCAGCUGAAAGAAAUGAACGAAAAAGUGUCUUUUAUAAAGGACUCCUUACUGUCCUUGGACAGCCAAGUGGGGCACCUGCAGGACCUCUCUGCCCUAACGGUGGAUACCCUAAAAGUCCUUUCUGCUGUUGACACCUUACAAGAGGAUGAGGCUCUCCUGGCCAACAGAAAGCAUUCUACUUGCAGAAAACUUCCCCACAGCUGGAGCAAUGUCAUCUGUGCAGGGGUUCUAGGCAGCAUGGAGAUCUCUGGGGAGAAGAAAUAUCAGUAUUAUAGCAUGCCUCCUUCUUUGCUGCGGAGCCUGGCCAGAGGUCAGCAUACCCUAAGAGUACAGAGGGGACCCCUUCUUGAGAUUACAGACAUUCAGAGAAAGGCUUCAAAUAUAAGAGAUGAGCAGGAAAAGCAAGACACAGAAACUAGUGUAGUUGCUUCUGGAGUGUCCCUUUACACACAAACACACCCAAAGCAUGGCCAGUUUCUUCUGGUCCCCUCUUAUCUAAAGCAAGUUCCUUUUUCUGAGGAAAUUGACUUGCCCCUGUUCAGACCAUCUAUGGAAGCAGGCAUAGAUGUGAUGGCAACUGAACAGGUCGCCCAGAAUGAGGUCCCUGUUCAUCUGACUUGGCAGACCCCAGGUAUCUCAGCUCAGGGCUCAGUGGCUGAACCCAAGGAACAGUACGAGUCAAUUGCUCACACACCAGCCAGAGAAGACAAGGGGGAGCAAGUUCCACCCACUUUGAUUUGCACACCAGCACCCACGCAAGUGACCUCCCUCCCUUCUCAAGCCGAAAGCAUGCAAGUUGGAGGUGGAUAUGUGAACUGGGCAUUUUCAGAAGGUGAUGAAACUGGUGUGUUUAGCAUCAAGAAAAAAUGGCAAACCUGCUUGGCCUCCACUUGUAGCGGUGAGGAGAAUGACCAAUGCCAGAAGCAGAUCCGGGUCAGAUCCCUGUCUGAUAACUCAUCAAGCUUGGCCCAGAGUAGCGAUUGCUCAGAAGUGGGACCGUGGCUGCCGCCAAACACAUCCUUUUGGAUCAGUCCUUUCCGCAGAGAUAGGCCCUUCACUCGGAGUCAUAGUUUGAGAUUCCACAAGGAGGAGAAACUGAAGAUCUGUAGGAUUAAAAAUCUUUCAAGAUCCUCAGAGAUCAGGCAGUCAGCAUGGAUCAGGACAAAAAUGCUAAUCAAGGAUAGGAGGGUGUCAAAGAAAAAGAAGAAAACACAAGGGCUACAGGUGCCAGUCAUAAUGGUUGAUACCUGCUCCGCAAACGACCAGUUGAAUUCCGAGCCAGGAGAAAGUAACAUCUCAGAAGAAGAGGAGUACAGCAAGAACUGGCUUACGGUGUCCAAAUAUAGUCCAAAUAUAAGUCUAGAACCCCCUAUAUAUCAGAAAAUGAAAACUAAAGAAAUUGAACGGCAUGCUGUACAAGUCAGUGAUUAUCUAAAGCAGUCUCAAGAGGAUCUGAGCAAAAACUCCUUGUGGAACUCCAGGAGCACCAGCUUCAAUAGGAACUCCCUGUUGAGAAGUUCAAAUGGAGUUGACAAAAUCUCAGCCUCCUUAAAAAGCCCUCAAGAGCCUCACCAUCAUUAUUCAGCCAUUGAAAGGAAUAAUUUAAUGAGGCUUUCUCAGACUAUACCAUUUACACCAAUCCAACUGUUUGCAGGAGAAGAGGUAACUGUCUACAGGCUGGAGGAGAGUUCCCCUUUGAAUCUUGGGAAAAGCAUGUCUUCUUGGUCCCAGCGAGGGAGAGCCGCAAUGAUCCAGGUGCUGUCCCGAGAGGAGAUGGGCGGCGGGCUCCGCAAAGCCAUGAGGGUCGUCAGCACCUGGUCCGAGGAUGAUGUUCUCCGGCCAGGGCAGGUUUUCAUCGUGAAGUCCUUUCUACCUGAGGUUGUGCGGUCAUGGCACAGAAUCUUCCAGGAGAGUACUGUGCUUCAUCUUUGCCUCAGGGAAAUUCAACAACAAAGAGCUGCUCAAAAGCUUAUCUAUACUUUCAACCAAGUGAAACCACAAACCAUUCCCUACAUGCCAAGGUUUCUGGAAGUUUUCUUAAUCUACUGCCAUUCAGCUAACCAGUGGUUGACCAUUGAGAAGUAUAUGACGGGAGAGUUCCGGAAGUACAACAAUAACAAUGGUGAUGAAAUUGCCCCCAGCAACACCUUGGAGGAGCUGUUGUUGGCUUUCUCUCACUGGACCUAUGAGUAUACCCGGGGAGAGCUGCUGGUUUUAGAUCUGCAAGGUGUUGGGGAAAAUUUGACUGAUCCAUCUGUUAUAAAACCUGAAGACAAACAAUCAAGAGGAAUGGUGUUUGGACCAGCCAAUUUAGGGGAAGAUGCAAUUAGAAACUUCAUUGCAAAACAUCGUUGCAACUCCUGCUGCCGGAAGCUCAAACUCCCGGAUUUAAAAAGAAAUGACUAUUCCCCUGGAAGGCUAAAUUCCACUUUGGGACUUGAUACCAAAAUAGAACCAGCCGAGGGGCCUCCGGCGAGGGAAGGGGGUGGGAAUUCUCCAGAAGACCUCACACGACUGUGAAAAAGGGGAAGGAGAGGCAAGAGGACACCAGUACUUGCCCUCCCUUCGGUGGACUCUGUGGGAACAAAGACCGACCGGAGGAACAUCCAUGACACCGGAGCCUCUGUCAGGACGGCCUUACCCCGCGGCCCUCCUGGAGACGUGCCUUCCGAGCCUCAAGUGUUGUCCUGCCUCAAGACCUCAUUGGUGUAGAUGGCUGGGCUCCCCUGGAUGCUGCCCUGUGUGUGCAGUGCUUUGCACGUGUUCAUCCUCCUGUAGUUGGGAAGGAAGACACUCGGACGAGCCCCUGGGGAUGCUGGUCCUUCAUACCUCAUUGCUUUAGCCGGUUGCUUAGAACCCUUGGAGCAGGACGGUGGGCACUGAAGGACCAGGGAGAUGAAUUUAAUUUAUUUCCUCGCUGCACUGUGUAUGCCGACUCUAGCCCCCACCGCGAUUCAUUACCUCACCCACACGUUGUGUUUCUGUAGGGACACGCACAUUAAAAAGGCAUUUGACUUCUCCUCUCUCCUUUCCUGAAGCGUAGGGCUUUGAAGAGCAACCACAAGGAAAACGGUGGAAUGGGUGUAUUUGCAUAGACUGGAGCACACUCCCGCGCAGUCUCACCGGUUAAAAAAGUUAGGAUCCUGGUGAAAUCUAGAUGGGGCUGAGGUUUUGUCAGUGAAUCACACGAUGCCUGGACACUUCAGUUUCCUCUCAAAGUAAGGAAAAGGGAAAUCUGAAACAAAUGCUCCUGCAUCCUUCUUCAUUUUUUUUUUUUUUUUAAAGGGGAACAGGGAUAUGUAGAAGUAGAAAUUGCCAAGAAAAAUUUUCCCUUCCCUUAAGCUCAGGAGUACCGUCAGUUAGAGUUGGCUAAGCCAACCUCUAAAACAUGACUCCCUUUUCCAAAGCUUCGUAUAUAAUAUUACGGGCUAAGUUACUCCGUCAGGUCCUCGGGGGAAAGAUGAUGUUUCUGACUGAAAACGCACUUCGAAGGUGUUUGCUUCGUCCCAGUGCAGAGUGCUGGUGGCUUAUAGAGGGCCACAGUGUACAUUUAAAGUAUGGCCCGAGAACAUGGUAUCAGUUUCAGAGGCUCAAAGGAAGGCUGCCAGGACACUGCACUGCACAGAGCCUUUGGGGGAUCAGCCAUCACGCUGUUGUACUGAUCGGGGUCACCCCACCUCAGAACUAGCAUGAGCUUUUUACACAAGGAGGGAAUGGAGAGUUUGGAAAAUGUCAACUCCUCUUUAUCUCUAGCCCUUACAUUAGCUGGUUUGCUUUUUAACUGACAUGCCUGCAUUUCUAGGUUAUGCUUCAGGGGAAAAGUUUCCCAGGCAUUCAGGGCUGGAGAGCUACACAUUCAGGUUGCCAAGGGUUGUAGACACAACACACGAUUCUUGUGUGGCUUGCAAAGGACUAAUUUCUACCCAUUUUACUCUGGUCUUGAGAGUGGCGGUGGGCAGGAGAUUGGGUGGUUUCUUGAUUGUCAAUGGGGAUAAAAUGUUCACGCUUUUUUCAGAGCUUACCUGCUUUACCCUAUUCUGAAAAUCAGUAAGGGAUCUACGAGUACCUCAGUGCUGUGUUCAACUGUGGAAAGAGGCAGGCAUUGAUUGGUCAAAUAUUUGUUAUCUGGAAUGGAACUUGAAAACAAAUGCAUUUUGAUUUCAAAUUUCUGUUAUGCUCUUCCCUUCCCUCCCCUCCCCUCCUCUCUCAUUUUCUUCCCUUCCCUUCCCUUCCCUUCCCUUCCCUUCCCUUCCCUUCCCUUCCUUUUUUUUUUUUUUUUUCAGAAAAAUCACCAGAAUAAUAUCUUAAAAAGAUGAAAUGCUGGGCAAAGAUCACUGUAGGACUGCUUGCAUGCAAAUACCGAUGUGACAGUCAUGACUUUUGAGCAAUUCAUGAUCACAGAAGGGUGGAUAUUCAUUCAUUCAUUCGGUCAGUUUUAUUCAACAGAUAUUUACUAAGUGCCUUCUCUGUACUGUGUGAGUGACGAGGAUGCAAUGAACAGAGCAUUUCUUCACCCUUAAAAAGCUUUAUGUGUCA